AUGACUGCAUCAAAUUUAUGGGUCGGUUUGUCAAAAGUCAUUGCUAUUGUCAAUGAAACGUUUGAGGAUUGUACUGAGAAUGGAAAGAUUCAGAUGAUUGAUUUUAGUAAUCUAAAAUUCUAUAAUAAGGAUAAUGAGAUGUAUAUGAAUGGAGAUGUGGUCUUCAAAACCGAGAUUAAUAGUCCAUUUGUUGUGUCUAUGUCAAUUGAGCAGCUAAAGUUCAAUCAAUGGAUUUCUUCAUUUCUAAACCGCUAUGUCCCUGACUUUUGCGUUCAAAUGAAGUCUAAGCACGAGCCAUGGUAUCAAGCAACCAAAAAUAUGCAUGAUUGUCCAAUUCCUGCUGAUUCUGCUUUAACCUUGAAUAAUGUUGCAUCUGGUGACUUUAUCAAAAAGAUUCCCGACUUGUAUGAAGGCAAAAAUCGUUUUACUGUCAAUUAUGAAAUCAUAAAUGGAACUAAAGUUCAUAAAGAAUGCUUAAGGAUCUAUUUUGACUUGGAAACGAAAUCUAAGCUUUUCCAUUUGUUCCGAAAGCUCAAAAUAUUGAAUUUAUUUAAACAUUUAAGGAUAUAA